GGAAUGAUUUUAACAUUGUUCUUUUAUUUUUCAUUUUUAACUCUUUUUCAGAAUUCCCCACUCUACCAAUAUCUGCAGGAUUUGGGACACACAGAUUUUGAAGUAUGUUCAUCUGUGUCGCAGAAAGCAGAGCAAUGUGCAGCAGCGGAAAGCCAAAGAGAGCGGACUCUGCAUGCUGCCCCGAAACAAAGCAUCCUGUCAAAACUAGUUGAGUUCUUUAGAAGUUGGUUUCCUUUUCCACAUUACAAGAAAAAUGAUGAUAUACUUCACCGAUUGGAUGUUGGAUUUCGAUUUGACACGCUCCGUACCAUCCUGCAACAGGAAGUUCUGCUGCAGGAGGAUGUGGAACUGAUUGAGUUCCUUGACCCCAGUAUCCUGUCUGCAGGGCAGUGUAAGCAACAGGAAAACAGACAGCUUCCAACGCUACGCUCCCUAGCAACUCCUAAUAUUUGGGAUGUCUCGCUGCUUCUUGCCUUUGUAAGUGCACUGCUUAUGCUUCCUUCGUGGUGGAAGGAAUCAUUGUGGCUGCUGUGGGGACUAGUUCUACUUGUCUAUGCAGUCUUUCGAGUGUGGGACACAUGGAGGACAGCCAAACUGCAAAUGUCCCUGCGAAAAUACUGUAUCCAGCUGGAAGAAACAGUGGCAAAUAGCCGAGCUUUUACUAAUCUCGUGAGGAAAGCUCUACGGCUCAUUCAAGAGACUGAAGUAAUUUCCAGAGGAUUUACCCUUUUGCUUGACAGGGUCAGUGCCGCUUGCCCAUUUAAUAAAGCUGGACAGCAUCCUAGUCAGCAUCUUAUUGGUCUCCGGAAAGCCGUGUAUCGCUCUGUCAGAGCCAACUUCCGAGCUUCAAGACUGGCUACUCUGUACAUGCUGAAAAACUACCCUCUGAACUCGGAGAGUGACAAUGUGACCAGCUACAUCUGUGUAGUCCCCUUUAAGGAGCUGGGUCUGGGACUGAGUGAAGAACAGGUCUCUGAAGAGGAGGCACACAAUCUAACUGAUGGCUUCAGCUUGCCUGCGCUCAAG